AGUGCUUCCCUCCCUUGACUCUUUGCUCUGCAAUCAAAACCCAAAAGGGUCUCUCGAUUCCCAUUCGCCGCCGCCGGUCACCGGAGUCCGCCGGAAGUUUUUCUCGUCCAUCUAUUCGAACGGAAGUCUCUCUCUCAACUUCCCGACGAAGUUUGGCCGGCGACCUCUGGUCAGACCACCGUUCCCGGAGUGGCCGGAAAAUUCAUAGAAUGGUCGGAAAAUGUUGAAAUGACAUAUAAAAUCGGUGAAAGGAACGACUUAUAGAUUUAUAUGUGUAUGUGUUUGUGUGUGUGUAUAAGUAUAGCGAGAGGGAGAGAUUAGAUUUUGUUGAACUGGUUUGGUGGAAAAGAGAGUAAUGGCGUGGAGUCAGAAGGCGAAGUGGUUAGGGUUUUUGAGCUUGCUGUGGCUGUGGUCGGCUUCAAUGGUCGUGUCUGAACCGACGACGACGCCGUCGUACCGGAAUGCUUACGCGACGAUGAUGUACAUGGGGACGCCGAGGGACUACGAGUUCUAUGUAGCGACACGUGUCAUGCUCAGAUCCCUCGCUAAGCUCGGAGUCGAAGCCGAUCUCGUCGUCAUUGCCUCCCUCGACGUCCCUCUCCGUUGGGUCGAAGCUCUGACAAAGGAAGAUGGGGCAAAGGUAGUGAGAGUGGAGAAUCUAAAUAAUCCAUACAAGAACCAGGCAAAUUUUGACAGGAGGUUCAAGUUAACACUGAACAAACUGUAUGCAUGGAGCCUAGUGGACUAUGACAGAGUGGUCAUGCUGGAUUCGGACAACCUCUUCAUUCGAAAACCGGAUGAGCUGUUCCAAUGUGGCCAAUUUUGUGCAGUCUUUAUCAACCCCUGCAUCUUCCAUACUGGCCUGUUUGUGUUGCAGCCAUCAACAAAGGUGUUCAAAAACAUGCUUCAUGAGUUGGAGAUUGGGAGAGAGAACCCGGAUGGCGCGGACCAGGGCUUUAUUGGGGGUUACUUCCCAGACCUGCUUGACCGGCCAUUGUUCCAUCCGCCCCCUAAUGGCACCAAGCUUGAUGGGAACUACAGACUUCCACUGGGAUACCAAAUGGAUGCUUCUUAUUACUAUCUCAGACUCAGAUGGAGUGUACCCUGUGGGCCUAACAGCGUGAUUACUUUCCCAGGCGCACCAUGGUUGAAACCAUGGUACUGGUGGUCUUGGCCUGUCCUGCCAUUAGGCGUCCAAUGGCAUGAACAACGUCUUCACACUCUUGGGUAUAACUCAGAGAUGCCCGUCGUACUGAUCCAGUCAAUCUUCUACUUGGGAAUAUUGGCAAUGACUCGUCUAGCACGUCCCAAUCUAUCUAAGCUGUGCUACCGCGGUGCAGACAAGAGUAUCUCUAUCAUACAGAUUGGCCUCAAAUUGGUAGCCAUAUGGUCCAUUCUUGUUGCCUACAUAAUCCCCUUCUUCCUCAUUCCCCACACAAUUCAUCCACUACUGGGCUGGACACUCUACUUACUAGGGGCUUUCGCGUUUUCCUCUAUAUCAGUUAAUGCUUUUCUACUGCCAAUGCUACCUGUUCUAUUCCCAUGGGUUGGGAUACUUGGAACACUUUUGGUCAUGGCAUGCCCUUGGUACGGGGACGGGGUUGUGAGAGCCCUAGCUGUGUUUGCCUAUGCCUUCUGUUGUGCGCCAUUACUUUGGAUUUCAUUUGCUAAGAUCAUGUCAUCUCUUCAGGUUUCGCUGGAAAGGGAAUCUUUCUUGCCUAGAUUGGGUGAACCUACAUCCCCUCAAAGGUUUAACAAGCUAUACUGAGACAAAAUCGAAAUCGAACUCACUGUGUAAAAUGCAGGGAAGAAAAGGUAUGCUGAGUUCUCGCGACAAACGUCGGAGCUGAUUAUGUUCUGCUGGGGAGAGAAAAUGAGCAGGAAAUUUUGAUUGUCCAUGCUACCAAAUUAUUUGUAUUCAUUGAUUGAAGUAAGAGGGGGCUCUCAUAUUACUCUCACUGUCACAUGUUAUGGUAUGAGAUCCCUUCAAAAAUGAUAUUCAUUAAUCGCUUGUUACUUUAAUUUAUCAUAUAUAAGUUUCUCA